GUCAGUGGAAUCCCGCGAAUGCGUCACUCAAAUGACGUCGGUGGCCGCCGCCACGUGAUUGGCUGCGGACCGGAAACUUGCCCUCCUCUCCUUCCACCGUUUGAGGCACCGUCCCGCCUUGUAGUCUCCACAGCCGGAUAAAACGGGCAGCGCAUGGUGCGUCCCGCGUGGAUCUGAAUUGAUGCGUGUACGUGUGUGAUUGUGUGUGCGCGCGCGCACGCGCGUGAGUGUGAGUGGGCGUGUGCAUCAGCCGGGCCUAGUUCAGUCCUUUGGGAUACUGUACAUGAACAACAUCAGAAUUUGGAUAUUUACGUGAAUCAGCAAUGCCCUGUGUACAAACGCAGCAUGUAUCCCUGACCCAUGACACCCACUUCAGCACCGACUUCUUAAACCCUGACCCGGGUGCCAAACUGGCGAUGGACGUCGGUGGCCAGAAGGAGCAGCUGUCGACGUCGUUGUUACCCAGCAUCAAUACCUUAGUGGGAAGUGGCUACAUUGGGGAGUUUGAUGCUUUUUCCUGCAAGAUUCCCGCCUCGCCUUCCACGUCUACCGUUUCAUUUGGCCACACCUCGGUCGCUGAAAGUUCAGACUGUCAGAUGCAGAACCAAGCCUACAAGCUCGAUGACCUCCAAGUGUAUGGCUGCUACCCAGGCUCAUUUACACUCAGCUGCCUUGAUGAGACGCUGUCGUCAUGCGGCUCCGACUACUACGGCAGCCCAGGGUACCCCGCCGCUUCCCCUCCGACAUCAGGCUUUCAGACACUAUGUGCACCUGUAUGGGAUUCCCCUUUCAGCACUUACAAUCCAGCCCCCCCAGCUGAUAAGCAAGCCUCCUUUUUCCACUUUAGCCCCACGCCGGAGCAGCACUCUCCCGUGGUGCCUCACCAGGAUGCUCAGCUUGGUCAGGACGAGCCUUUUUUUAUGUCCCCUCAGCAACAAGUGUCUUCGCUCCAUUGCCCCGUCAUGUCCAUGGAGCAUGGCGCCAGGCUCGUCGAGGGGUCUCCCAAAAUCCACAACCCGGCUUUGAGCGAGGGCCGCUGCGCCGUGUGCGGAGACAACGCAUCCUGUCAGCACUACGGUGUCCGGACGUGUGAAGGCUGCAAAGGUUUCUUCAAACGAACUGUGCAGAAAAAUGCCAAAUAUGUUUGCUUGGCUAAUAAAGACUGUCCAGUGGACAAGAGGAGGAGGAACCGCUGCCAGUUCUGUCGUUUCCAGAAAUGUCUUACAGUGGGAAUGGUCAAAGAAGUUGUUCGAACUGACAGCCUGAAAGGUCGCCGAGGCCGUCUGCCAUCCAAACCGAAGACGGUGGCUGAGGCUUCCUCCACCACCCCUCCCAGUGUCAACAUCAUUUCCUUGCUAGUACGCGCACAUUUAGACUCCAACCCGACCAUCGGCAAGCUUGACUACUCCAAAUACCAGGAGACAGUGGACAAGGUUUCGGAGAAGGAGGACGCUGGUGACGUUCAGCAGUUCUACGACCUAUUGACUGGAUCAUUGGAAGUCAUAAAAACCUGGGCGGACACGAUCCCGGGAUUCUCCGACUUUUGCACAGAGGACCAGCAGUUACUUCUUGAAUCUGCCUUUGUUGAGCUGUUCAUCCUACGCCUGGCAUACAGGUCAAAUCCCGAGAAGCACAAAUUGAUCUUCUGCAAUGGCGUGGUCCUCCACCGAAUGCAGUGUGUUCGUAGUUUUGGCGACUGGAUCGACUCCAUCAUGGAUUUCUCCCAGAGCCUUCAUCGAAUGAACUUAGACGUCUCGCUGUUCGCGUGCCUUUCGGCGCUCGUCAUCAUCACCGAUCGACACGGCCUCAAAGAACCCAAACGUGUUGAAGACUUCCAGAGCAACCUCAUCUCAUCUUUAAGGGAGCACGCCAGUGGAAACAGAUCGGAAACAAGCCGAACCCAGCCCAAUUAUCUCUCUCGGCUUCUGGGUAAGCUCCCGGAGCUGAGGACUCUUUGCACACAGGGCCUGCAGCGCAUCUUCUACCUAAAACUGGAGAACCUCGUCCCCCCUCCGCCUAUCGUGGACAAAAUCUUUAUGGAUACCCUCCCAUUCUGAAUCCAAACGCGCACAGGAGAAGGAACGCACCUUAUGUGAUUUUUGUGGUUUUGCUGGUGCUAUAAAGCACUUGACUUGUCACCAAAUAAUGGGGACCCUCUCGACAGCGCCGGUCUUUAAUCAUGCAUGCGGAAUUUUUAAAGAUUGGCACCCCAUGGAACCAUUAGAGGUGUAAAACAGCACCAAGCACUCUGAAGAACCACCUCUGUGUGUAAUGUUGACUAUUGAGAUGUCUUCAUGUUGCAUUAUGCGCCAUGCUAUCCGUUCGGGUGCUACAAAGUGACCCGAAACUGAUAUUAGUGGUCAUAUAAUAUGAGCGUGCAUUUGUAAAAGGACUUUAUUGCUGUGCUAAAUGUGUAAAUGUUGCCAUGCUAUGCAACUCAAAACAAUGUUGGCUAUGCAGUGUCGAUGAUCAACCAAACACGCAAAUCUCGUUUUCCUGCCCGUCGAUCCCACUGGAAACAAGACAAGUCAUGCGUUGGAAGGUAAAAUGGACAUUGUGCAAAAGGGGUUUCAAAAGGGAGACACAACGGUAGUUGUGGAAGGGCCAAAGUUUACACCUGUUAUGAUAAAACAUAGUUUAGUCAUGAUCCUUAUGGCCGUAAAUGACAGACAAUGUUCCGCCAUUACUUUAUUGUUGCCGUUUCCGACAUCUUUUAAAGCUGAUGCUGGCAGGCUUCCAGUCUACACUCAUACAAACACAUGCAAGUAUUCAAUUUAAACCUUUCAUGCACCCUGUAACCUGAUAACAUGAUAAGCUGUCCAUUGUAGUAACCGCUGUCCCUCAAAGGGUUAAAAAAAAGUGCCUUGCAAAAAACUCCUCAACCCUCCCGCUGAGCUCGUGUGACUCAAUGUCAAUGUCAUUUCGAAUAUCACAAACGAGACGAUGACAAACUUGAAUUUGAAAAAGCUUUUGACAAAAAGUGCCUGAAGCAACUGUCAAUAAAGUUGUA